AUGACGUCUUCAUCGGUGAGGUGGUCGAAGACGGAGACAAGUCAUUUGAACACUGAGGAGCAUCACUUCAAAACUAACCUCCGUCGUGCAAAGAAUCACCAAAAGCUUGAACUGUCAGCUUGUCCACGGUAUCACUCGAUUUUCCGACAUGAAUGCAUCGAAAUUCUGAAAGCAUAUCGGAUUGAGAUCUGGAUCUCAUCUCAGAGAGGAUAUGGUGCAGUCAUCAAUGAUGUUAAGAAUCAGUACAAGGAAUGUCCUCUUGACCUGAAAGAGGAGAUUUGA